CGGGCGUGGCCGUGAGGCGCUAGUUGUGAACGACCAGCGCGCGGGUGUUUCUGCUCGGCCCUCGCGCGGCAGCGGCGGGCAUGGAGCUGGGGGCCGGGCAGUUCGCGCAGAGCCUGCCCCGCCUGCGGGCGCUGGUCCUGGGCUGUGACUUCCUGGGGCUCGAUAUGGAAUUCACAGGUUUACAUUCAGUCUUUCCACAAGGCAAGCAGCCCAGUCUCUUCGAUUCACCUGCUGAGUGGUAUCUGAAGGCCAGACGGAGUGUUCAGAAGUUCACAGUCAAUCAGCUCGGGUUGUCUAUAUUUUCAAAUGAAGAAUCAAACAAGUAUGUUGCACACUCCUAUAACUUCUUCCUCUUCCCCACAACAUUUGGAGUCAUGGACUCUGAAUUCUCUUUCCAGGCAUCUAGCAUUCAGUUCCUGACGCAUUACAGUUUUGAUUAUAAUAAGUUUCUGAAAGAUGGAAUCCCAUAUACGAAUGAGGUACAGGAGAAGAAACUUCAGCAAGGUCUCUUAACUGGAAACUGGAAAGUUCGCAGCACUUUGGACAAGGAUAAAGUGAAAAAGGUGAUUGAUGAUGUGACACGCUGGGUGCCAUCAGCAGAAGAGGGAGGCUCUAUGGUUUUACAUGAUAUUAGUGGUUUACAGAUAUUUGAGGUACAGCUGAUUCUGAGACAGGCACUUCCAGAUGUUUGGACAGAGCCUUUUGGAGACCAGAAGGUGAUGGUGAAAAAGGUGAGUCCACGGCAUCGCUGGUGUCUGGAGAACUCUUCUUAUGACUGCUGCCGAAAGGAGCUCGUUCUUCUCUCUGCCCGGGGUUUCACCAACCUCUUCCAGACUCUCGUUGAAGCCAAGAAGCCAAUGGUGGGACACAACAUGCUCAUGGACCUUCUGCAUCUUCAUGACAAGUUUUACAAGCCCCUCCCAGAAAGCUAUGAGGAGUUUAAAAAGAAUAUUCACAGCCUGUUUCCUGUCCUCAUAGACACCAAGCAUGUAACAAAAUCAAUCUGGAAGGAAUUUCAGUUUCCUCGAGCAUCUAACCUCCUAGAAGUUUAUGAAAUCCUGUGCAGUGACCUAAAUCCCACCAACCCCACAUGUCCGGUGAUUGCCCAUGCAAGUGACUGUUUAAAAUAUGCUGACAAGAAAUCCCCCCAUGAGGCGGCCUAUGAUGCAUUUCUCUGCGGAUCAGUUCUUUUGAAAUUAGCUCACUUGCUCCUAGGCAGAAUGCCAUGUGACACGCUGGAGACUGGUUCCUCUUUCUCUCAGUAUCUCAAUGCAUUAACCAAGUACCUGAACCAGGUGAAUCUGAUCCGAGCUGGCGUUUCAACAAUCAAUUUCUCUGGCACAGAUGUCCCUAACCAACGUCCACCUCUUCUGAUUGCCAGUGUUUGGGGAUGGCCUGGGGUGGAUGAAGAACAGAUAUAUCAAAAGUUAAAAGCUCUGUGCAAGUUUGAUGUCAGACGACUGACCGAGAACCAAUUUCUGUUGCUCACCAAUAAAUUUAAGGAUGUCAGGAUUGUUCUGAGAGAUUAUAAAGCUCACCCUAAUCUGCGGAUUUCACUCUAUCGCUACUGGAGACACUCACCGCAAGCGAACUGCUUGCUACAAAUUUGUGGGAUUGUGGCAUCGUGGUCUCUUCUGGCCUUUGUGAUUGGAGGAUCUCCAUGGUAUGCCAUGUAAAAGAUUAUCUUCUGGAAAGAUCUCAGGGACAUCUUUCCUAUCUAUGUGCUUGUCACCAGGAUGCCUGUUGUGGUUUUUUGUUUUUUUUCUUACACUGUUAACACAGUGAUGGUCAGUAAAAGGCAUUUAACAUUGGUUUGUUUUUUUUGUUUGCGUUCAAUCACAAAAAAAAAUCUGUGUUUAAGGAGACUCUCAGGUUUUAGGAAUCAAAUCUGAAGGGGAAAAUCCUCCUGGUUUUUUAAAUAUAUUUAUUAAAGAAGUACUACUAUACCUCUUCUUCAGGUGCAAGUGGACCAGAGAAUCCAUUGUCUUGAUGAGACUUUUAUCUUGGUCCCUGUUUAUUCUUCAACAUUAAUAAACCAGUUCUAUUUCAAGUAUUGUGUUGCCGUUAAAGGCUGGUGUACACAGGCUCAUGUUGUGUUUUUUGGAAAUCGUUAAAUAG